UUUACAAAGCGUAAAAAAUGGGUAUUGGUAGGGCUAGUUAUUUUGGGUAGCUGUUCCAUUUCCGUUGUUCGCAUAACUUGCUACAAUCCUCCGUUUCGAACAAUUUUGAUCGAUCUUCAUCGUCGCCCUCGCCGGAGACGAUCUCUCAACCAAAAAAACCAACUAUGCCGAAGAAGAUGGGUGUAAACAGCAAAGCCGAGGCCGCGAGAGCACGCAAGAGCGCCGUUGAGACCGAGCGCAAGGAGCGAGAGACUCAGCAGAAGGAGGAUCAAUUCUGGCGAGAAGCCGAGGGUCCCAAGUCCCGCGCCGCCAAGAAACGGGAGGAUGAAUCUGAGAAGCGUGCUGAGGCCGCCGCUCGAAAGGCGGAGGCACGCCGUUUAGCCGAUCAGGAGGAGAAGGAAUUGGAAAAGGCUAUGAAGAAGCCUGAUAAAAAGGCGAGUAGGGUUACAAUUCCGGUCCCCAAGGUAACCGAACUUGAAUUGAGGAAGCGCAGAGAGGAGGAGCAAGCUGAGCUCCAGAAGAAGGCCGAUGAAGCUAAGAAAAAGCUGAGCCGGACGGCGGCCGAGGAGGAGUACGAGAGGAUGGUGCUGGUUACCAAUACUAAUAGGGAUGAUUCAAUUAUUGAAGCCAGGACGGUUGAAGACGCGAUUGCCCAGAUAUCUGUUGCGGAUAAUUUGCCCGUGGAUAGGCAUCCAGAGCGACGGCUUAAGGCCUCUUUUAAGGCUUUUGAAGAAGCUGAGCUCCCCAGGCUGAAGGAAGAGAAACCUGGUCUUACCCACAAUCAGUAUAAAGACAUGAUAUGGAAGCUAUGGAAGAAGUCUCCUGACAACCCUCUUAAUCAGGUUGCAGCAGAGUGAGUUGAUCCACAUCCUUCGGCAUGGGGCAGGCAGGUUUUCCCUAGAUUAUUAAGCCUGUUAACUAAAGUUUGGUCAAAAUUUGUAAUCUGACCAAUUCUUCUUCAGUUCAGUUGUAUCCUGGAAUGUUUGGUUUGGUUUGCUACUUAUGGGUCUUUCUGUCUGUUGCAUACUAUGGCACAGGACUCUCGUAAAUACAUAUAAAUAGGUUUGGGUCCGGUGUUGUGCAAUAAGAAUCAAUAUUAUUAUGACCUUGCUUUGCUACUA